UCUUUUUCUAUUUUCUUUUUUUUUGGCUGUAUUUGUGAGUACUUUGGUUACGGAUGUCACUAUUAUUAUGAAAAAGCCGUGCAUUCAUUCACUUAUUCCAAAACGUAUUGCGGUAAAUUUAUUAGUAUGUAUUUAGAAUUUGGUAUCAAUUUGGCUUUUGUAUUUUUCGUUGUUAUUGCCGACACUCUUACUGUUAUUAAAUUAAAAGUGUCUUCAAAUGUAAGUUUCGAUUUUUUUUUGUUUCUUUCAACACAUUUUCCUUUUUUUUUCUAUUGUUUCUUCUUCUUCGUUUCACUUCUCCUCAUCACCCCUCUAGGGGAGGGCCAAGGUGUAUAA